GAAUGUGUCUUUUACAUGCUAACAGAGGAGAAUCUGCACCUCAUCACAGAGAUAAUAUGCCCCUCUGUUCUCUCCCCAGUCUCCAGCCUACGUUCCAGAAGUCAGUCAAGAUCUUAUCCAACAGACAGAGGAAAACUCGAAAACAGUCCCUGCAAAGAACUAUUCUCUCACUGUACAAAAUCUGUCCUUGAUCACCUCAGUGGGGAACCAUUCCAAGAAUACAUGAACAGCAUGUACUUCGACAGGUUUCUCCAGUGGAAGUGGUUGGAAAGGCAACCAGUAACGAAAAACACGUUUAGGCAGUACAGGGUGCUAGGGAAAGGCGGCUUUGGGGAGGUCUGCGCUUGCCAGGUUCGAGCAACAGGGAAGAUGUACGCCUGCAAAAGAUUAGAGAAGAAGAGAAUAAAAAAGAGGAAAGGCGAAUCCAUGGCACUAAAUGAAAAGCAGAUUUUAGAAAAAGUCAAUAGUCAGUUUGUAGUCAAUUUAGCCUAUGCCUAUGAAACAAAGGAUGCACUAUGUUUAGUUCUGACCAUAAUGAAUGGAGGUGAUCUCAAGUUUCAUAUCUACAACAUGGGAAACCCAGGUUUUGAGGAGGAAAGAGCUUUGUUUUAUGCUGCAGAGAUUCUUUGUGGUUUAGAAGAUCUUCACAGAGAAAACACAGUAUACAGAGAUUUGAAGCCAGAAAAUAUCCUGCUAGAUGAUUAUGGCCAUAUUAGAAUAUCGGAUUUGGGUCUAGCUGUUAAAAUCCCUGAGGGUGAAUCGAUCCGUGGAAGGGUAGGAACAGUGGGUUAUAUGGCCCCAGAAGUGUUGAACAACCAGAGAUACACACUCAGCCCUGACUACUGGGGACUGGGCUGUCUCAUUUAUGAGAUGAUUGCUGGGCAAUCACCAUUUCGUGGAAGGAAAGAGAAGGUGAAGAGAGAAGAAGUGGACAGAAGAGUUCUGGAGACUGAGGAGGUGUAUUCCCAUAAGUUUUCUGAGGAGGCCAAGUCCAUCUGUAAAAUGGUAAGGGGCUUAAAGGCACAAUGUGGCAGCUUCGUUGGGAAGCUGUAUCUGACAUAGUCUCAGAACUGAUGUGGUACUGUAGAGAGCCUGCAGAGGCAAGCAGUAAUCAAGCUCAUCUGUUGAUGGGAUGACUGCAUUUUUUAUUCAUUCAAAUUGUGUUUAUUUGGAAUUUCUUCUCCAUGAGAUUCAUCACGGUCAUCUUGAGUCCCCUCUAAAGUUUUAUGGCCAAGGGAGCGGUAUCUAUUCUCAUGAGGCUUUGAAUGUUAGUUUGUAGUGAAGAAUGUUUUUCUGUGUUUUAUAAUAUCGCAGAAAAAAAUAAAAAGGUCUUGAUGA